AUGUCAUCGUCAAGGUCCAGGCUCCCUCUGCUUCUGUAUGGGGUCCUCCUGUGCAGCUUCUUUGCUCCUCUCCCAGUCAUCAGCAAUAAGAGACAACCCAUACGUAACGCAGUGGUUUGGGCCAGUGGCAGCUCCUGGGACAAGAGGGAGGUGAUGGCUAAAGAUGGAGAAUACCUGCUGGGGAUAAAGAGACUAAGAAGGCUUUACUGUAAUGUGGGCAUCGGCUUCCACAUUCAGGUCUUACCAAAUGGGAAGAUCACAGGUGUGCAUAAUGAAAACAGAUACAGUCUUCUAGAAAUUUCCCCAGUGGAGAGAGGAGUGGUGACUCUGUUUGGGGUGAGAAGUGGUCUUUUUAUUGCCAUGAGCGACAAAGGGAAACUCUAUGGUUCGGGCCACUACAAUGACGAAUGCAAGUUCAAGGAGAAUCUCCUGGCCAACAACUACAAUGCCUAUGAAUCAGCUGCCUACCCUGGCAUGUACAUUGGCCUCAGCAAGACUGGAAAAACUAAGAGAGGCAACCGGGUCACACCCACCAUGACCAUGACACACUUUCUUCCCAGGAUAUGA